AUGCAGCAGAUACUACACGCAGAUCUUGCUCUUGCUGCUGCUGCUGCUGCUGCUCCUGCUGCUGCUCCUGCUGCUGCUGCUAAUACUGCCGCUGCUGCUGCUAAUGAUGCCGAAGCUGCUCCUGCUGCUGCUUCUCCUGCUGCUGCUGCUCCUGCUGCUGCUGCUUCUCCUGCGGAGGGUGCUGUUGAUUCAGAUAGCACUGCUGCAGCAGCAACAGCAGCAGAAGCAGCAACAGCAGCAGCAGCAGCAGCAGCAACAACAACAGCUGCAGCGGCAGACACCACAGACAGCCCAACAGGUCAGCAGCAAACAGCGGAAGCAGAAGAAAUCCCGCAGCAACUGCAGCAGCAGCAGCAGCAGCAGCAGCAGCAGCAAGUGCAUGCAGACGAGCAAAGUCCAGCACCAGCAGCAGCAGCAACAACAGCAGCAGCAGCACCAGCAGCAGCACCAGCAGCAGCAGCAGCAGCAGCAGCAGCAGCAGCAGCGCCAGAAGAAGUGGAGCGUGUGCUGCUGGCGCGUUACAAAGAUCCUUCAAUAGAUGUAUAUGAGGCAGCAGCAGCAGCAGGAGUAUCAGCAGCAGCAGCAGCAGCAGCAGCAGCAAUAGAAGAACGUGUUGCAGCAGCAGGAGGAAACUGUUUGCUUCCUUAUAGGGGGGAUGCUGCUUCGAUGGUGAGCUUGGCGGAGAUAUAUGCUGCAUCAGCAACAUCUGCUGCAGCAGCAGCAGCAGCAGCAGCAGAAGAAGAAGCAGAAGCAAGGGAGUUGUUUUCGGUGUCUGAGUAUGAGCAGCAGGAGCAUCUGCAGCAACUGCAGCAGCUGCAGCAGCAGCAGCAGCAGCAGCAACACACAGCAGCAGCAGCAGGAGCUCUCAGCCGCUACUGGGCGGAGAAAGCAGCAGCAACAGGAGACGGUAGGGGCCUCUAUACUCUGGCUAGGCUCAAAGAAGAAGGGUUGGGGGGCCCCAUACAAAAAGAAGAUGCCGUCAAGGUGCUGCUGCUGCUGCUGCUGCUGCUGCUGCUGCUGCUGUUGGUGGUGGUGGUGGUGCUGCUGCUGCUGUUGGUGCUGCUGCUGCUGGUGCUGUUGUUUUUGAUGGUUGUGGUCGUGGUGUUGCUGCUGGUGGCGGUGGUGUUAGUGAUGAUGAUGAUGAUCAAGGGAAUGAUGAUGUUGUUAGUGUAUUGGCAGCUGCUGACGGAUUCAUCUCUGCCUGGGGGUAGCCGUGUUUUGGGGUUUUUUGGUUUUAUUCGGAUUUCUCUGUUUUCUUUUUUUGUUUCUGUAGCGAGGCUGCUGGCGUUUGGUGAGCUGCUGCAGCUCGUGCUGCAGGAUACAGAAGAGCAAGGGAAUGAUGAUGUUGUUAGUGAGCUGCUGCAGCUCGUGCUGCAGGAUACAGAAGGGAAUGAUGAUGUUGUUACAGGAGGAGCAGAGACGCUUCUGGGGGCAGCUGCUGCUGGGGGUUUUGCUGCUGACGGUGUGGGCGAGCAGGAGGAGCAGAGACGCUUCUGGGGGCAGCUGCUGCUGGGGGUUUUGCUGCUGACGGUGUGGGCGAUCCUCGCUAUCAGGCUGGCGCUGCGGGUGCCAGAGAUGCGUGCUGCUGCUGCUGCUGCUGCUGCUGCUGCUGCUGCUGAUUCUCAGCAGGGGGCUGCUGCUGCACCCGGUGCAGCGCAGCAACAGCAACAGCAGCAACAACAGCAGCAGCAGCAGCAGCAGCAGCAAGGAACAAACGCUCCUGCAUCGUCACCAGAUGCUGCAGCAGCAAGCGCCUCACCGCCUGAGCCAAAGACAGCAGCAGCAACAGCAGCAGAAACAGCAGCAGCAGCAGAAACCAGUAUGUCUGCUGCUUCUGCCGCAGGUGAACCCCAAGCUGCUGCAGCAGCAGCAGCAGAAGAUGCAGCAGCAGAUGCAGCAUCGUCAACCGCCUCAGCAGUACCUCCUGCUGCUCAAGCAGCUGCAGCAGCAACUGCAGCAGCAACUGCAGCAGCAGAAACAAAAGGCGAUGCAGCAGCAGCAGCAAAACCUUCAGUGGCUGCAGCGGAUCCAACAACAUCAGAAGAGGCAGCAGCAGCAGCUGCUGCUGCUGCUCCUGCUACUGCAGCAGAGCCUGCAGCAGCAGCAGCAUCGGCUGCAGCAGACACGGCAAUAGCAGCAGCAGCUGAAGCAGCAGAGCCUGCUGCAGCAGCAGGUGAUGCAGCAGGGCCUGCAGCAGCAGCAGCAGCAGCAGAAGCAGCAGCAGCAGCUGAUGCGGUAGAGCCUGCAGCAUCAGCAGAAGCAGGUGUAGCACCAGAGUCUGCAGCAGCAGCAACUGCAGCAGCAGAGCGUGCAGCAGCAGUUCCUGCUGCUGCAGCAGCAGCUGCUGCAGCUGCUGCAGCAGCAACAAUAGAUGAGGGGAACAAUGUGGCUGCUCCCGCCUGUAGCCGCCAGAGACACGACUCAAACUGCAGCAGCAGCAGCAGCAGCAGCUGCAGCAGCAGCAGCAGCAGCAGCAGCGACACAUGA